UCCUCCUUGUCGUCUCGUCCCCUCUCUCUCUCUCUCUCUCGCUCGUCUUUCUUUUUUUUAUUUCUUCUCCAUUUUGCUGACACGCGCCUAGCAUAGACGUCGGAAUAGUCUGACGCUAAGAGCGGUAACUCCUCUGCGGAUGCGCAGCGCGGUCACGAGUCAUCGUCGCAUGUUGAUGACGUCACUGGUGUAGCUUUGUUUCCGUCUAUUUCAAGAGUAUCUGACUGCAGAUCUGUCUGUUUCCUCGAGCUUACGGCUCACGCUUAGUGUGAUACUCGUGUUCAGACUUCUAUCAGACCACAAGAACAACGGAAAGUGCGCAAGAGUUUAACGGAGCCACCUUCCCUUGUUUAAACCCCCCCCCCCACACCCAAAAUGCCCCCCCAGGCCAGCGCUGCCCAUGUGAGACGAGAAUCUUAGAAGAGAAGAGGAGUCCCAUAAAGGGAGUGAAGCAUUUCAUACAGAGCAUGGCCUCGGCCAAAGAGGAUGGCAGGGAUGCGACGCUGGCUCACAUUAAAGAAGAGGACUGUGAGUGGGGUGCGCCAGAGGAUUUGUGUGUGAAACUGGAGGAUUGCAAAGAAAGGAUUUCAGCUUUCAAAGAGGAAGAGCCCAAGGGAGAGAUUCUUGAGAUCAAAGUCGAGGAUUCAGAAGAUUUGUCCGUUGGCCCUGAGCUGCCAAAGCCUGAAAGUGGACCUAUUUUAAAGUGUUGUAUUAGUGAAGAAUGUCAUUCCGGUUUACAGCCCUGGGCCACUAAAUCUGGACAAUGGGCCACCCAGCAGAAUCUUCUAGAGCCGAAAUCUGAGCCUGAAGAGAAAAUCGAGGAAGGAGAAGAGCAGCAGUCAUCUUGGAGUGUGGGAGCAAAUAUCUCAGAGAAUUGCAGCUUCCCCGUGUCUUCGUUUGCUCAGACUUCUCCUCAGUGCGGACUGAAGCAGAAACAGGACAAUGGGAAGAUGAAGAAAUCAUCAAGAAGAUCAAAGACAUCAACUUCUCUGCAGACAACUUCACCAAAUGUUGUAAAACUGACUCCGAUGGAAGUCAUCACCCCUAACCGACCGCAAGGACUUAACGCAGACCAAGAGGCUUUAUACACCGGCAAAAAAUGUGAAAAAGCCUUUAGAAACAAAUCUGACUGUAAAGGUAAGUCGAUGCAUACAAUUCAGAAGCCGUAUGCCUGUUCUGAAUGUGGCAAACUAUUUCCACACAGAAACCGCCUUCAGACGCAUAAAAGAAUUCACACUGGAGAAAAGCCCUACCAUUGUGCAGAGUGUGGCAGGCAGUUCCCCCAUAACAGCGCUCUUCAGCGGCACACACGCGUUCAUACCGGAGAGAAGCCGUAUGGAUGUGCCGAAUGCGGAAAAACAUUUUCUCAUUACAGCAGUCUUCAUAAUCAUUCAAAAAUUCACAUGGGAGAAAAGCCUUAUUGCUGUUCUGAAUGUGGUAAAGGAUUCUCCUUUUUAGGUAAUUUCCAUAAUCACUUGAGAAUUCACAGUGGUGAGAAGCCUUAUUGUUGCAGUGAAUGUGGUAAACGGUUCAUACAAGCAAGCGAUCUACGGAGGCACAUCAGAAUUCACACUGGAGAGAAACCUCACUGUUGUUCGGAAUGUGGCAAGCGAUUCUCUUUGUCGAGCGCUCUUCAGAAGCACACGCGAAUUCACACGGGAGAAAAGCCAUACGGCUGUUCUGAAUGUGGCAAACGAUUCACGGAUAGUAGUGCUCUUCACAGCCACAGCAGAUUCCACACGGGAGAAAAGCCGUAUUGCUGUUCGGAAUGUGGCAGACGAUGUGCUAAUCCUAGCAGUCUCCAGAGACACAUGAGAAUUCAUACUGGAGAAAGGCCAUGUUCUUGUUCUGAAUGUGGCAAGCAAUUCUUUGACCUGAACACUCUUCAGCGGCACACGCGGAUUCAUACGGGAGAGAAGCCUUAUUGCUGCUCUGAGUGUGGCAAACAAUUUGCUGACCGUAGCACUCUCCGGCAGCACACGCGGAUUCAUACUGGAGAGAAGCCGUAUUGCUGCUCCGAAUGUGGUAAACGCUUUUCACAAAUGAGCAACCUUAACUACCACUCAAAUAUCCACGCUCGAGAGAAACAGAGAACUGAUGUAGGUGUGGAAAAAAACGCCUGAAACCAUUCUGGGUUGCCAAGCUCAGAAAAUCACCUCAAAAAAAAAAAAGCUUCCAGAAUGUUCUUGUCUCCCUAACAAUUAGCGCCACUCUGUACAAACUGCAAAAAGAGGCAACAUUAGAAACAGUUCAGGUGCUACAGCAUGACCAUGCUGCAAAUUUACAGCACAAACAGUUACAGUGGUCGGUAAUUCCAUGUCCCACUUCUGGAUGUCAUCGUCACAGAUUUUAAUGAAACUUGGCCUGCUGAUUUGGUCAUUUGAGUAACCCAUGGAACUGAAAUUGCACGUAUCUUGGAUCAAAAUUAAGGGAAGUUUAAGCUAAGAAAAGUGUGAACUUAUGGAGGUGUGUGGUGGGGGCGGGGGGUAUGACUGGCUGCCUAUUCGUUGUACAGAAAUGGUUCCCCUAUUGUUUUAAAGUGCUUUUCCAGCUCUUAUAUUUUGUGUAAAUUUUAUGCUG